UGCCGACUGCGAAUUGCCGAAGCGCCGAUCGCCGAAGCCUAAACUAGCGAACGCGAAGUGAUGUGCUUAAAAAAAUCAGCUGUGUUUCAUACAAAACCCCAUUUAACUAUAAUAUUCCGGAUGUGAAUUAAACUGCCUAAGCAGGAAAUAAUGUUAGUAGAACAUUAAAAUAUCCGACUAAUGGGCUUAUGAUUGUUACAUUUGCCCUUGUUUAUUUGCGGUGUUGUGGUUAUGUGUACACUGUCAUUUUAGGUAUAUGUAAACUCUAGUUCCUUCUGCAAAUUUUUAAUUUAGAAACCAUGGAUCUGGCGGAGACAAUGAAAAAUGUCUUGGCGAAAGGAAUACAACAGACCAACGUUAAUGAUUUGCCAACAUCAACGGGCAUGGGCUUUCCUGGUACAGGUUAUGUCACCGAAAAGUUGUACAUGUUGCUACAACUAUAUCUCCAAAACAAAGGAUGGAAUUCAUCAGUUGAACUCCUACAAUGUUUCUCAGAACUGAAGGAAUCAUCGAUGCUACCAAGUGCUGCUUAUUUACAAAUGAUGGCAUCUAGAGUGACUUUAGAUUCGCAAGGAAGGCUAAUACUACGUGAAAACGGCAAAAUAAUACUACCCUUCGAACAUUUUGCGAAUGCUGUAAUGCUGAAACAUAUGAAUGGUCCUCAUGGUUUACAUCUUGGUGUUGAAGCCACAGUUAGAGCAGUAAUGGACUCAUACACAAUUGGUAGAGAAAAUUUUGGGAUGGAAAAAGAAUUUAUAAUAGAAGUAGUUCAGAAUUGCCCAAAUCCUGCAUGCCGUUAUUACAAAAAUCAGAUGGAAUUAACCCAAAAAACUCUACAGCACCUUACGGCACCGUCUUACCUAGGAGAUGCUCAAAAUAAUCCUGAUCUACGUAACCGUUUAGGUGCAGUUGACUUAACAGGUCAAAAUAAUUUAGAUUCAAAAAUAAGUCAACAGUUGUUGGAUAGGCCUAAGUCUGUGGCGCCUACUCAGCAGCAGAUAACCGCCGCACUGAUUCAGCAACAAAAUAGGGUGAUUGCCCAGCAAAAUAUUGACAAGUUAAAUGCAAAUUUAGAAAAACAAAGGCAACAAAUGCAGCUCCAGCAACAAAUGGAUAUGGCUAAAGGGCAGCAAAAGUCUCAUUUUGAUUUACCUAUAAUGGAUCAUAAGUUAACUGAUUUUUUGAGAGCUAAUUUAGAAAAUCUAGAAGGUUUGUCAGCAGCUAAUAAAGAUUUACUAGCCCUACAUAAUGGUGCGUGGACUUCGGCCUCAAGUUUAAGUUCUUCAACUGACGACAAAAGAUCUUCAGAAGGAGGUCAAGAAAAAAUUGUUCGAGCCUUUGCAGAAGUGAUGAAAAAUAUGCAAAGAAUGAAAACUUAUGUGAGACCCGCAAUGUGUAAGCCGUAUGGCAAACAAUCGGAAGCAUUGCAAAAGACCUUAAUGGAUACAAUUCAAUUAAUACAGUCUUUACGAAGUUUCUUGCCACCUCCUCAUAUUCAAGUGAGUUCGUGGAAAAAUGAAGAUAAACAUCGAUAUGAGGAAACAAAUCAAAAGUACAAUUUAUUGGAUUUGAAAUCGUACACGAACCAACGUCUAAGCUAACAGGUCCUUCAUUUGUUUAUGGAAUGUUUAUGGAAGGUCCUCCAUAGAUGCUGUGAGUAACAGAGAAUUUUCUACAUAAGUUCGACUAUCUUGUCAGAUCGCCGUCCACCCAGUUAGUUCAACAUUCUUAUCCCGCUUUCAACUAGUAUGGUUGCACAUUUUACUAAAUAUAAUAAUUUUACAUACAAUAGCCAUUCACCAUUUGAGACAAGUGUAUCAUUACGAGUUUUUCGUCGCAGUUGUCAAUAAUUUCUUAGAGUAUAAUAAAAUUUAAGGAAUCCGCAAGAUUAUGUCAUCACAACAUAGUUUACAAUCAGGGCCGAAUUUAAUUAAUACAGCUACUACGCAAAAUCCAAUCUGGUCUCCAUUUCUAAAUUUGCUUUUCUUGAUUCUGGAAUAUUUACAGGUAGACUUUUUAGUGUUUUAACAUCGUGUAUCGUCAUGAAAUGUUUGUGAGUGUAUCUUAAUUGUAUUUUAACGUGGUAGAGUUUAAAAGUAUAUUCUAAAGUUUUACUUUUGUGAAUCUUUAACGAGAUACUACAUACAAAACGUGGAUAUGACAAUGUUAAUGUCGCAAUGGGGGGACCUAAUAAAUUAAAGCAAGUUAACGGUUGAUAUAAAGCUCAGUGCAAACUACUUAAUAUAAUCGCGUAUGUUGGUUCUCAGUGGAUAAAAGAAAUAAAUUAUACAUGUACAGAAAGAUGUGGAAUCAUUACGACAGUCAAGUCUUUAAAAUCCCCAUGAAAAAAUAAAUAUCGAAAUAUUUUUGCAGUACACUGCGCCAUAUUACUUCAAAUGUUUAAAAAUCUAAUGGGGCAGUAACAGUAAAGUGAAAUAUAUUUAACGCCAUAAUUCUUCACUGUAGGAGCCAAGUGACUUCUUAGAAUAAUUUGAGUAACGUACGGUAGUUAUAAGAUGUAAUCAUAAGAGACUAGUGGUAAAUAGAUUUUACCAUUUUUAACAAACACAAGAACUAAAUGAAAGUUGGUAUUGAUAGUAUUUUUCCAGCUGCAGCUCUCUUUUAUAGUUUUUUUUUUUUUUUUUUUUUUAAUAUAUAUUUAUGUUUUAUGUGAUACCAGUGUACUUAAAAACCAAACAUUUUGAGAUUUUCUAAGGAGAUUUGUUUACGUUUUCGUUCGAAUUUUUAUUUGUCAAUAAAAAUUCCAACAGAAUUGUGUUUGCUCUGUUAAUUAUAAGUUGCGUGGUAAAAGAUUGGUGAAAUAGUUCUUAAUUUGCUUUAAAAUCCAAUUGUUAAGAGAAAAAAUGAAAAAUUGUAUUAUUUACAAAUUCGUUAGUUCAAUUUGGAGACUGAUAGGACUAAAGUUUAUUUAAUAUCAUUUUUGUAUGUUGUUUAAAUCGCAGUUUAAGAUAGGGACAAUGUAAUAAGCAGUAGUUUUUGCGUUAUAUUGUACAUUUGACAUUAUUUAUAAGUGCUUUUUUUAAGUAAUGAAAUUCUUGCAACACACUACGAAAUUGCUAGACAAAUUUUCUGUAAUAGAUGAUGACUUCUGUAUUUUGUUAAAGAAUCUCUUGAUUACUGUGCAUAACCAAAAAUUAGGAACGUUACGUUACUUCGUUUUUUUGUUUCUAAAAACCACUGCUAAUUAAAUUAAUAUUAAGUGUGUACAUCGCCUAAUAAAAAAAACUGUAUUUACCUAACGAAACGUUACCUAUUUGUAUAAUAUCUUAAUGCGUGUAUGUAUUGCAAGAAUUUUGGCGAUUCUUAAAUCAAAAGAAUCGUUUUACUUUGUGUAUAAACUCGUCGAUAAAAUAUGUGCGGCUAGUUAUCCUACUUGGUAUUAAACCUGCUAAUGGCCAGGCUACAAUAUCUGAGGAUUUGAGACAAAAAUCUAGUCAUUUACUACUAAAUUUUCGAAUAAAUCCAAAAUUUUAGCUGUGAUAUUUUAAUUGGCCAUGAUAUUCUAAAAGUCAUAGUUUCUCAUUCCAGUAUUUACGUGUUUCGAAACCAAAUUUUGUAUUAUUGUAUUUCACUAAGAAUUGUGACUGGACAGAGUAUUCAAUCAACAAUUUGCAUAUCAUAUUUUAUUUAUUUCUUUAAAAAUACUAUUGUAGAUCUGAGCCAGUAUUUCUAAACAAGUUUUAAGACUGUUGUGAAAUUAUCAUUCUUAGUUGUAUAAAAUAUAGCAUUUAAGUGGUUUUGUAUGUUGUCACAAAUAGGAUUUACCUCUAAGGCUAUAAAAUAUAAUCUUGCCAAUAUUACUUUAAAGCUUAGCUUUAUUUGUUUUAAUUAUUUAAUGAUUAUGUAAUAGUUAAUGGAUGUGAUGCUAAUAUUGUUGAAUAUUUUUUUGU